AUGAUAGAUUUGAAGUUAAGUCCGCCUAGGGAGGGUACUAGGGGUGGAAGGGAGCAGUUUAAAUGGGAAGACUUAAAAUCACAUGACCUAAAAGACAGAGAACACUAUCUAGGGCACAGUGUGAAGGUUGGAUUACUGGAGAGGAAGAACAAGUUUUACAAGCAUGAUUGGUACUUGAAAAAAGAUUCCAAAUCUCAUACUGACACAUUAGAAGAAGAUGAAGCGGAACUUACAAGAUUAUAUGAACAGGAAAUCAUGCAAGAGAUGCUAGGAGCAAAGCCUAGGAGAUUAAUGUUGCUUAAGUCUAAACCUACAGAUCCAAAACAACUCAAAUAG